CCGCGGUGUAAGAUUUUGUGUUUGUGUCGCAGUGGGUGUUUAUGAAGAGAGAGUGCGUAUUUGUUUUAACUAUUAAACUAUACACAGCUUGUUAUAUUACAGCUGUGUGAAAAGCUAAGCGGAUAGAAUAAAAAUAACUUCGAGUUCGAGCGAGUAAGCUGCUUACGGCGAUGCGUACUUAAGCCGAUAGUGACACUCUUGCGGUGGUGUUUGUGAAACGUUCGAACGGACCGAGAAUCGAAUCGAAUGAGCCGAAAUCUGUGCGGCUGGCUGUCGUGGCGGUGUGUAUAACAACGGCGCCUUUCCUUCUUUGGCCGCUCCACCUCGUUGCUGCUGCUGCUGGUUAGUGCUGACACAAGAAGAAACCGUACAUGUGUGAUGUGAUGGCAGCCAGUUUGUAUAGUUUUGUACUGGAAGAAAAUAUUGAAAUCGUCAAGAAGUGACAUAUUUUUCACUGGAAUAACUUUCCUGAAAAUGUUCUGCAGUUUGUAGGUAAUUAAGUGAUACGUAGUUUGUUAUUUUGACCGCUUGUUGUUGAGGAAUUUUGCCGUUUGAUAGUGUGUGAUAUUUUAUUGAGCUUUAUUUUCGUGGAAAAGAACCUGCGGUGCACAGUGGGAUAUUGCAAGUCGUUUCCUGGUAUGGAAUCAAACUUUCAAAAGAAGAACUUGAAUAGGACUGGCCGGUGUCUCAUGAUUCGUUUUUACUAAAAUGAUCGCCCUCAACACAGCCAGGUUCCGAUAGACGACGGUUCUGAAUUUACCAAUCCAAAUAAGCCAGAUCGGUUCGCCAGGCCAGCCGGGCUGUGGAUGAUGAGCGCUGCGGUGAAAAAUCCAGUUACUCUCGUCGUUUCACAAGCAAUAACAAAAUAAGCAGUGAGUUGAACGAAAAGAGAGAAAACCUCGUAGGUACCUCGCUUGUCCCAGUCGGCGGAUCUGUGUGCGUGCUGUGCUUUUCAUUUGACGCAGGUUCUGACGAAAAAAAACCCUAAAGUGAUCCUCAAUCAAGUGUGUACGGUCGUAUCUAACAUAUGUAGAUAGAGUUUGGUAGUUUGAGCUUGAGCGCAGCGGAGAAUCGCGCUCCCGUCCGGAGCGACUGGCCAACGCAAGUAAAACGUUGACGACGACGACGGUAUCACAACACCAUAGCUCCGUGUGCCGUGUUUCGAAGAAGAGUGUUUUCAUAAAUUCGGUCUUGACAAGUGAGUGAGAUAGCAGUAGGCUGUGUGCCCGAGCCGUGCCAGUACCAACAACCAAGUGAUAUUUUCCAGGCUAGGAUAAUACGGGAAGAAAAUAGGAAUAAACCUGCUGUGCGGAGUGUCGAAAUUUAAGUGCGUUUUGGGAAUUUCAACCUUUUUCUAACUAGUAAACUAACGAAGCAAGCAAACGGUUCGUUUCGGGGGUGUUGUUUUCUGGAAGGCCAACUAGCUAGUGUAGUGUGGGGGAAAUUCUGAUGGUUUGCUGUUCGAUGAUCGUUCCUCGAUCCGCUACAACACUGGUUCAGCAGUGCUGAGAAUGACGAGAUGGCCUACGGGCCGAAUAUUUCGCGUCCCUCGCGACAGUCGUUCGUUUUGGGACUUCCGUACGGCUACGGCCGGUCAACCGGCAUUGGACGGUGGCUCCUGAUAGUGAUUCUGCUGUUGACUGGAUUACUGACUCGAAAUGCUUUAGGCGCGGCCAGCGGCGGUAGCUUCACCAACCAGCUGCUCUACACGACGUACAUCGACAUUCGGCUGGCGAAUGUGACCAUCCAGCAGAACACCACCUGCUCGGUGGAGAUUCUGGUCAAGGAUCUGAACGAGGCGUCGGCGAUGGAUUUCUACUACGAGCGGGGUUUGGUGUGCUUCACCGAGCACAAUUCGGAGACGAUCCAGUGCGCUCAGCUGCGCCCAGGACCGGCGGCCGCUUCCAGUGGUGCACCACUGCAGGCCGUCAACAAAACUGCUGUGAUAUCCAACGGGUUGGACAAACCCGAAGGCCUAGCGAUAGACUGGUAUACCGACAAGUUGUACUGGACCGACGGUGAAACGAAUCGUAUCGAAGUCGCCACACUGAACGGUAAGUUCCAGAAGGUGCUGAUCUGGAGCGAUCUGGAUCAGCCACGUGCCAUAGCUCUAGUACCUGCCAGACGGGUGAUGAUCUGGACCGAUUGGGGCGAAAGUCCGAAGAUCGAACGGGCCAGCAUGGAUGGGGACCCGCAGUCGCGGGUUGUCCUCGUGCACGACCGGAUAUUUUGGCCCAACGGGCUGGCGGUCGAUCUGGAGAACGAAUUGAUCUACUGGGUGGAUGGUAAUCUGCACUUUCUGGACGUGAUGAAUUUGGAUGGAAGCAAUCGACGAACGUUGGUUAAUAAUCUGGACUAUCCGUACAGUUUGACGUUUGCUCCGAAUUAUCUCUUCUGGACGGAUUGGCAGGAUGGGACGCUUCACUACUACAAUAUCGCCGGUGGGCGACAUGAAGCGAUCCUGGAUAGUCCGGUGGUGCCGAUUACGGUUCACGCCUGGGAUGCGCGGCUUCAACCAGCAGCAGAUAAUCCCUGUCGACGGAACAAUGGUAACUGUUCCCAUCUUUGUUUGCUAUCAACCAACAUGGCAGGUUACAGUUGUGCCUGCCCUACGGGAGUAAAGCUUCUAUCGAAGACUCAAUGCGCUGAUGGACCACAGGAUAUGCUGUUCGUCGUUCAGCGUACGCAGGUCAGUCGAAUAUCGCUAGAUUCUCCGGAUUACACCAGCAUUCAGUUGCAGCUUGGGAAGGUCCGUUACGCAAUUGCAAUCGAUUACGAUCCAGUGGAUAACUACAUCUAUUGGUCAGACGAAGGGUCGAACGCAAUCAAGAAAGUUCGCCCGGAUGGAACCGGAAUGGUGGAGGUGGUGAACACUGAGAUCCAAAGCCCGGACGGGCUGGCUGUCGAUUGGUUGGCACGCAACCUGUACUGGACCGAUACGGGUACCGAUCGGAUACAGGUUUGUCGGCUGGAUGGUGCCUUUCGACGAGUGUUGAUCUACGAGAACCUCGAAGAACCGCGUGCGAUCGCGUUAGCUCCGACGCUCGGGUGGAUGUUUUGGAGCGAUUGGAGUGAGAAAGAUCCGAAGAUUGAACGAGCAUCCCUGGAUGGCACUGAGAGGGUGCUGAUCGUUCAGCAGAAUUUGGGAUGGCCUAAUGGGAUUGCGUUAGAUGUUGAAGUUCGAAAGAUUUACUGGUGUGAUGCCAAAUUGGAUCGAAUCGAGGUUGCUAAUAUGGAUGGUUCCGGAAGGAACGUAAUACUAUCCGAGAAUCUACCGCACGCAUUUGGUUUGAGUCUGUUAGGGGACUAUCUGUACUGGACGGAUUGGCAACGUAGAUCUAUCGAUCGAGCUAAUAAGUUGAAUGGAAACGAUCGUACAGUGAUUGUUGAGGCCUUUCCUGAUUUGAUGGGUCUUAAAGUUUCGAAACUACACGACGUUAAAGGUACGAAUCCUUGCGUGACGAGGAACGGUGGAUGUUCGCAGCUUUGUUUAAAUCGACCAAAGGAUUACGUUUGUCGGUGUCAGAUCGACUACGAGCUUGAUCGUGACAAUCGAACGUGCUUCAUCCCAUCGGCUUUUCUGUUGUUUUCGAGACACGAUACUGGGAGCAUUGGAAGGAUCUCAAUUGAUAGUCACAAUCACACGGAUUAUGCUCCGUUUCGAAGUGUAAUCGACGCACACUAUCUGGACGUAGACAUUGCCGAUCGCCGUAUUUACUGGGCAAGUCAAAAGCAGAAACAUAUAUCGCGAGCUUACAUCAACGGUUCUAAUGUGGAAAAGAUCGUAGAAUCCGGAUUAAUUCAACCGGAAGGAAUCGCCGUCGAUUGGUUGGCGCACAACAUCUACUGGACCGAUGCGGAAGCACGUAGAAUCGAAGUGGCUCGGCUGGAUGGAAGCAGUCGAAGAAUCCUGAUCUGGAAGGGGAUCGAAGAACCGAGAAACUUAAUUCUGGAACCUCGCCGAGGACUGAUGUACUGGGCAGAAUGGCCUUCCGACUCCAUCCGUAGAGCCGUCAUGGACGGCAGUGAACUGAAAACCAUAAUUUCUGCAGCAAACUUAGCAAUCGGAUUGACUCUGGAUCCGGACACCCGUCGCCUGUACUGGGCAAGCCAAAGCUCGCCAACGGCGAUCGAAAGCGCCGAAUGGGACGGCAACCGGCGAAAAGUGCUGGUGAAAGCCGACACCGACAAUCCAUUCGUUCCGCACGCUGUAACCCUGUACAAGGACUUCGUCUACUGGAGUGAUUGGAACACUGGGGAAAUCGAGCGGGCGAACAAAACUUCCGGGGAAAACCGAACCAUCGUUCAUGCGAACCUUAAGUACACCAAUUCACUGUUGGCGUUUCAUCCGAAUCGACAGUCCGGUUCGAACCAGUGCCGAACCAACAACGGAGGCUGCACGCAUCUCUGCCUGGCAUUGGGUCAACGCAAAAUGACCUGUGCUUGUCCGACUCACUACACGCUGAAUGCUAAUCGAGUUUCCUGCAGUCCACCGAAGAACUACAUCAUCUUUAGUCAGCGAAACUCGUUUGGGAGAUUUAUGCCGAACACUACGGACUCACCGGAUGUUCCGCUACCGGUGACGGGGAAGAACAUCCGGGCUGUGGAGUACGACGUGCUGACGCGUUACGUUUACUGGAUCGACGGCCGUGGUCCAAUCAUUCGGCGAGCAUUUGACAACGGUACCGUAGCGAAAGUGUUCAUCGACCCUGCCUCCUCGCCCUUCGAUAUGGUAAUCGAUCCCAUUGGUCGGUUGCUGUUCUGGAGCUGUUCCCACACGAACACCAUCAAUAUAACGAUGUUAGAUGGUGAAAUCGAUCGGAUUGGGAACGUGGACAUUGGCAGCUCGGAGAAACCUCGUAGUUUGGCACUGCAUCCGACGAAACGGUUGCUGUUUUGGACUGACGUUGGACCAGCGCAAACUAUCAUCCGUGCCAAGCUGGACGGAUCACAACGGAAGGAGCUGGUUUCGAAGCUGGAAGGUAUCACUGCGCUAACGCUCGAUCCACAAUCCAAUCGGUUGUUCUACGCUCACGGGAAACGUAUCGAUACGAUGGAUAUCGACGGACGGGAAAUCAAAACCCUAGUGGCGGAGCACAUCAGUCUGGUUUCGUCGAUCGCAGCGCUCAACGGGUACAUCUACUGGCUAGAUGAACGACCCGGGAUGGAGCGGAUAUCAGUGCAGGGUGAGUACCGCCGGACGGAGAUACAGAAAAUCCCGCACAUCACGGACAUUGUAGCGGUUUGGACACCGGAAGCUCGAGCCCUGCGGAAUCACACCUGCAAUACGGCUCGAGCUAAGUGUAGUCACAUCUGCAUUGGAGCUCCGGACGAUGCUCGUAGCGAUGACAUCUGUGCCUGCCCGCAGGGGCUCAUGCUGAUGAAGGACCGGCGCAGUUGCGGGGCGCUUCCGGUUUGUGGACCGGAUCAUUUCACCUGUGCAGUGACCUUUUCCAGCAAUGGGCUGGAUGGGGAUAAUAAUAAGGACUGCAUUCCAGUGUCUUGGCGCUGUGAUGGUCAAAAAGAUUGUCCGGAUCGAUCGGAUGAGUUGGACUGUCCGGCUUGCCGAGCCGAUCAGUUCAAGUGUCAAUCGGGCGAAUGCAUCGAAAAGCAUUUUGUUUGUGAUGGGACGACGCAGUGUUUGGAUGGUUACGAUGAGGCCGUUUGCUGUAAGAAUCCGGAGGAUUUUCAGUGUCCUACAAGUAAGGUUUGCAUUUCUUAUCUUAACAUUUGCGAUGGAGAUGAGCACUGUGCCAAUGGGGAGGAUGAAGCACCGGAACUUUGCACUGAAUACAACAAUAGACGGAUGGCUCCCAGCGGAAGCAAGAUUACUAUGCUCAUUGUGGUGGUGAUCGCAGUGGCGGUCGUCUUUAUUGCGGUUUACUUGCUACAAACCUGCCGGACACGAUUUGGGGCUGGUUCUUCCGAGCCGAAAGAAGAUCAGGCGGCUGCUCCACUAUCUCCAGGAGGAAUCAACAAGAACAUCCGAGUUUCCAAGCUCAGUUCAGUGGCUGACGCUGUCCGGAUGUCCACCCUCAAUAGCCGUAACAGCACGAACAGCUAUGAUCGGAAUCACAUUACGGGUGCUUCCAGUUCCACCACCAACGGGAGCAGUUUGAUAGGCUACCCGUUAAAUCCUCCCCCGUCUCCGGCGACAACCGCCGGAUCGGCAAGGUACAGUUCCAGUUACAACCCAUACAAACACUACAAAAUCAUCAACCAACCUCCGCCGCCAACGCCCUGCUCGACGGACGUUUGCGACGAAAGUGACUCGAACUAUACCAGCAAAAGCGGCCGAAGUCGUGACCGGAUCGGUAUGACCGGCGGUGGUGGAAGCUUGGGAGGUGGCGGCACUAGCAGCAGCAGUGGCCGGGGUGGUGGAUCCUGUGUAAAGUACAAAAAUCAUGGCGCGGAUCGGUACGACUCGGAACCGUAUCCACCGCCACCGACACCGCGUUCCCACUAUCACAGCGACGUGGGCGGCAUGCUACCGGAGAGCUGUCCACCGUCGCCGAGUUCGCGAAGCUCGACGUACUUUUCGCCUCUACCUCCACCACCCUCACCGGACCCAUCGCCCUCGCGGGGAUAUUCAUAGCCGCCGCCGCCUCUUCCGCCAGGUGGCGGAUCAUUGUUCUAGGUUAACGUUUCUAGUUUUUGGUUAGGGAACGCCGCCUCCGGCGGCCGUUCAAAGCUUAUGGCUAUUUUUUACUAUAGCAAAUGGAGCAUUUAGAUAGAAUGUAUAUAUUUAUUUUUACGGUUAAAAAGAUUUACUAGCAAUAUUAGAGCAGUAUAAUAGUAGUGUGAAAUGCCAUGUUGCACAAGGAUCUUCCCCCCACAGAAAAAAACGAUGUUCGAGAAUCAGAAACAAACAAUCGGUUUUCAAGUUGGUUGUGUCUUCCAGCAAAUUAAAUUUGAACAAAUUUAGUGACAAUUUUGACGUCGAGGAAAAAAAGCGUGCCUUAAAUGAUAGAAAAAAAAACAUAUAAAGCUUUGAAGCUUCCUGAUAGAAUUAUUUUUUUAAACCCAGACGAAGUCGCCAGGACUUAUAGUACAAACGGUUAGGUCGUUUGAAUAAAAAAACAGUUUGCUUUGUUUUUCUCCAAGGUUUCACCACAAACUGUGUUAUUCCCACUGUGCCCCAUUGGCAAAAGAAACAAACACCAAGUAGGCCAAAAUUUGAUACAAACGCUAUAUACAGUGCUUCUGUCAUCUUGUUUCAAACGACAUUCGUUUGUGGUUGCAGAAAAGCCAAGUUCAUCUGUAAAUAUUUUAAGCAGUCAGCGUGUGAAAAGCAAAAAGAUUUCAUGGCAGCUAGCAUAAAUAAGGUGAGCAAUAACAAUUAAAAAAAUGCAGGGCAAUAAGAGCACAUUUCUCGUACGGACAAUUUUCACACUCAGACAGUCGUAUCGUAGGGUACAACGAUCGUCCUACUUCGUUCACUUCCUCUGAUCGUUGACAUAGCUUUAGUUGAUUAAUUAGUUAAUUACCUAUUAGUUUGUAGUUUUUGACGCCGCUGACCCUCGCAAUAGAUGUGUGUGUGUAUGAUGUGCAUGUAUUAUAUUAGUUUGUACCAUGAGCAAUAGCAACAACAACCGUUUGAUUUCCAGCAUCCACAGUAGUCCAUCAGCACCAGUUUAGUCCUUAGUGUAUAGCUGCGAGAAAUGUGCUCAGAAGACUGAAUUCUACCUACAGAAGUGUAAAUUAUUUCAGCAUAAACAAUAUACUUGUUCGCUAGGCUUAACUUGGUUUGAAAUAUACCGUCUAGUGUAUGACCUGCUGUUGUUGAUGUUUGCGAAUGUUUGCAAACUCAUACGCAAUCAGGAUGCCUCUUCUCUCGAGCUUACGAUUUAGAUACGUCUAGUGUAAGUUGUAGUUGUUCAUAAAGUUUAAAAGAGAAU